CGAAGUGGAAGAUUUGUUUGUUUACAAAUUAACCAGAUUUAAAGAUGUUUUUCUAGUAAUUUAACUUUAAAACUAUUUUUUGAAAAAUAUAUUGACCAAUAUAUUUACCUAGGCGUAGCUUCGUGUUUUUUUAUACAAAAUUAUUGAAAGUAAAAUUGAUCGAGAACGUUAAAAUGAACGCAAACGCUGGGUUGUUCUGUUUAUUUGCUGUUGGCCUGUUUAUUAUUUUAUGUAAUGUUAAUUAUUCUUCUGCCAACACCCCACCAACUCCAGUCAAUUGUUCUCUGGUGAAUGACUCCUGUGAAAGUUGCUUAAAGUUGAAUGUGAAAUGCAUGUGGUGCAACAAACCACGCAAAUGCAUGGAUUAUCCUGUCAAUCAUAUCUUACCAACAUCAGCAGAUUGUGGAUUAGCUGAUGCACGAUGGGGUGUAUGUGGCUUGAAUUUUGAAGCAUUGAUUAUAUCAGUAAGCGUCGUUGGCGGACUUCUUCUUAUCGCGAUAACUUUGUGUUUGUGCAAGUGUUGUAAAUGUUGCUGCUUCAAGAAAGACAGUGCUAAAUAUGAACGUGAAGCCCAGAGACUUGAUAGAGAGAGACAAGAAAGGGCCAUGCGACAAGAUGAAAGGAAAUUAGACAGACAACGUAAGAAUGACGACAUCAGGCGAAAAUACGGCUUGGGUCCUAGCAGCAGUUCGAAAUACCAACGAUUCGAAAACGAACAAUAAAAAGCUUGCUACGAAACGAUUACCAAAGACUUGAAAAUUAAUUCCAACAAUUUCCAUUCCAAUUCAUCAUCUGUGCGAAAAACCAAGUAGUUUAAACUUUAAUAUGUAACAACAUUUACUGCUUUGGUAGAUCUACUCUUAUUGCUUUUUAAUUAUCCUUAGUUAUUCAAAUAAAAUGCCAAUACACUUUAGACAUUAGUAGGUUGUGGUUCACAAUUAAAAUAAAAUGCUUUGGAAACAUUGUAAGGUAGAAUAUCGCAUUGCUUGUUAUCUUACAGUUGAUUUAAAAUAUUAAUUUGCACGCCUUCAUUAAAAUCUUUAGUUUUUCCUUAAUUAGUGAAGCAUUUUUAAAUAUAAAAACUAUGACCCGAAGAGUUAUAAGUUAAAUAUUUAAAAACAAAAACAAUAUUAAUAAUGAAACUUACCAUGUAAUAACUUAUAGUAUUAGCGUCCGUUCUUGCCUAAUAAAAACUGAUCCGACUUGAACAGAUUUUUCUGAACUUAAUCUUUUGCAACACUUUCGCAUCUUUAAACUGUUUAUAAUUUUUUUCACUAAUUGUGCAAGUUUUCAGUUCAUUAGUUGGGUACUUCCCCCAUUUAGAGCCCAAUAUCUGCUUUUUCAUCUUAUUUUAUGUGACUAUUGUUCUUGAUUUCGCAGCUUCAUGCUUGUAAAUAAAACUGAAUGUGAAAACUGUU